AUUAACUGCUUGCACAUCUCGCUUAAAUGUGCUAAGUAUAACUAUCCAUAUCAUUCCUAUCUAUAUCAUCCCUCUUGUAUUCGACCGGACAGUACCAAUACUCGUUAGCCUGCAGCGUAUUAAAUAUUGACGAACCUGGAAACUGAAGCGAAGAGUUUAUCCCUUCACUACGCUACAAGUUGUCAUAAAAAAACCAAGCUGUUAACUACGUCUGUAACCAGUAUACAGAAGUCACAGUUGCAACCUUAUUUGUGCCAACCGGAUUUGGAAGGCUAUCAUCAUGUCUCCUUCUGCACCCUUCCUGCGACUGAAUGCAACUCUUCUGGUAAAUAGUACGAGAAUGGCACAACCACCGAUUUGGCUGGUCUAUGAGCUGGAGCAGCGCAUCUGGUACGGAAUCAUGGUUGCAAGCUGCAUCGUCGGCACGAUUUCCAGUCUGUUCUUGAUAGCGGCGAUCUUCCGUUCCCAAGCUUCACUGUCCGGAUCCAGUUGUUUGAUGGUCAACUUGCUGGUUAAAGUGGUUCUGCAGUGUGGAAUUGCCAUACCUCUUGUCAUUCAAUCCUAUCCAGAUGUCCCUUUUAACUUAUCCAACGUGCCAGUUUAUUGCGCCAACUCUUUAUUUUUAUACUCCGCCCUGAUGCCUUCAAUCGACUACGCUGAUCUGAUGAUCGGCAUAAACCGUUUUGUUGCCAUUUGCUUCCCUCACCAUUACGCCCAGUGGACACGACGUCCUGUUAUCUACAGUAUGAUUGCAUUCUCCUGGGCAACCGCCCUGGUGUUUGCGGUGGCGCCACUAUUCCCAACCAUCGCCGCGUUCAAGAACCUCCCGCCUUGGCACGCUUGUGGCGUAGUCUACAGUCCUUUUUGGUCCUUAUUUUUCUCCGUAGCAGGAAUUGCGUUUCCGGUGAUCCUGUUGUUCAUUCUUUAUGUUGCUGUUUUUGUGGUAAUGCUGGUGCGCACCAAUACAUGGCGCAAGCAAGUGACAACGGCUGGGAUGGAUGUUAACAGCAAGGUCAAGACAAUCGAGCGACGUUUCCGCAGUACAAAUAUCUUCUUCACCGUAUUCGUUUGCUAUGCAUGUUGUAUGCUGCCGGCACCGUUGGCGGCACCGCUCUUUCCUAAAGAAUAUGCCCGGUUGCCUUUCUUGCGACAAAUACUGAGAGCCUUGAUGACGGCUGGAACGGCCAGUAUACCGGUGCUUUACUUUGCAAUGAACGACAGAUACCGGAAGGGAUUACUUCAAUGUGGAAAACUUCAUCAAAGGUCACGUGUUUCUGGAAUGGAAACCAAAUCAAAUGCAGUUCACAGCCUCUCCAAACCGGUUGCCGCGAUGACAAUCGACUGAGUGCCUUCGAAACCUUGCGCAGCUGCUGGUUAUAAGUUAUUAACCGUGUUGCGAUGACUCUCAAACUGUCACAUAUUACCGAUGCUUAUCAUCGCAAGUGCUAUAAAAAUGGCAAGCGGUCUGAAUCAGACCCGUUCUUGUGGGAUAACCGUUCGCUGUUUAGCUCUGCAUCCCUGCCCAAUUCGCCUUUUUGAACCGAUAGGUCCUGAUCACCUGGUCACCUCUCUACUUCCUAUCAAAAGACACAGGAGAGGGCAGAGUUGGUCAGACUGGUCAAAAUGCAUAUGGUCUAAGUUGCCACAUGAAUGGGACAGUCUACUUACCUUUCUUUUACUACCUUUUCUGUAUGUGAUGGUGCUGAUUAUAUGUGAUUUCGUUUCGCAAGGAU